ACCUCUUCCUCUUUCUGUGGGGCAUGAUGUAGACACCCCAGAGGGGCCCAGCCAGCACAUCCUGUCCCCUGUGUCCUCUGUGGGGCCCCAGCUCCAGACAGGGAGGCUGCAGGACCUGAGCCAUGGCCCCCUGCUCCAUUGUCCUCCUGGCCCUUGGGCUCUGCCUGGGCCAGGAGAUCCAUGCACAGGAGGGGGCCCUGCCCAGACCCUCCAUCUCUGCUGAGCCAGGCUCUAUGAUCCCCUGGGGGAGGCCCGUGACCAUCGUGUGCCGAGCCCCUGCUGGGUUUGAGGACUCUCGCCUGGAGAAGGAGGGAAGCUCCCAGAUCUGGGAUAAGAGGGCCACGUGGCCUUCUGAGCGAGAGGCCAGGUUCCUGUUCCCCUCCAUGAGUGAGGACACUGCUGGGCGUUAUCGCUGCCGCUACCUAAAGUCCACGUGGUCUGAGCUCAGUGAAGACUUGAGGCUGGUGCUGAGCAGGGAGGACGUCACCCAGGUCACCACCCCAGGCCCAGCUCAGCCAUCAGCCUCCCCUGCUCUACUCCUGACCACGGAGCACCUCUACCUUCUCAUCGGGGUCCCCCUGGCCUUGCUCCUGUGUCUCCUCCUCCUGUUCCUCUUCUGCCUCCAUCGCCAGCGUCAGAGGAAGCAGGGGCCUCCCGGUGGCAAGGGCCAGUUGCAGAGGCCACAGGAGAGGCUGGGCCUGGCUGUGGACAGCCUGGAGAGGUCACCAGACUUGGCCACGGCUGAUAGACUCCCUGAGAAGGACAGGGAGACCGGAAACCCUGCCCCUGCUGCAAGAGAUCCCCAGGAGGUGACAUAUGCUCAGCUGGACCACGGAGCCCUCACAGAGAGGGCAGCCCGAGCUGGGUCCCCACUGACCACAGAGCCCAGCACAUACGCGACCCUUGCCAGACACUGACUCCUGGGCCUGAGGACACUCCAAGUCACUCUUCCAAAAGCCUGAAGCAGCCAUUGGGAGGACUUCUCUUGGACUCACCAGGUCUCAAAGUCAGCCAGUCAUCUCUGCUGGGGACAGCAGCUGGGGCCUGGAGGUCUCUGAGCAGCAUCUGGGAGAUUCAUCCACCAGGUGGCCCCUGCCACAGCUGACCAGCUGUCAGAGAGGCUGUGUCACAGCUACUUCCAGAGACCCAGCCUCAGUCCCUGGCUGUUUCCAGAGACCAGAAACCAAGGUCUCAUCCUAAGGCUGCUUCCAGAGAACCAGCAAAGGCCACUCCUGGGAUCCCCACCUACUUCAGAGACUGCAUACUGAUGAUGCUCAGUGGUCCCUAACGGCCUCCCUGGGUUCCAGUGCUGACUUGACUGAGACUGGGCUGCACUCAGGCUGCCGAGAGCUGAGCUGGAUCUCUGGGCCAGACCUCACUUGGUACAUCAAUGGACAUCUUUAAAACAGAACAUCCCAGCCCCGGUGGUCAGGCCAGAGAGGUUCAUGUGGACCCAGUGCUGCGGUCUCAGCUGUUCAGAGCAGAGUGGGGGCUACAAGGGCUGUCAGUGCUUCCUGUUUUCUGCAGAACAUAUCGAAUUGAGCAAGGCUGCAUAUAUUCGGGGUGUGCGCCAUGAGGACCUGACCCAGGCAUGCGCCCUGUAGAUUUCCAGAAUCAAACCCUCAGCACAGCUGCACCUGCACGCUGCACGUUAGAUCCCGGGACUUGCUCAUCUGAAGACUGGAAGCCGGUCAGUGUUUCCUGAUGGAGCAUGAGGGUCGGGGUGGAGAAGGGAGGGGGUCUAAAGGGAGGUGCAGAGGGCAAAGGCUGCCCCACCCACCCCCACCACACUCAUGCACAUUCAGGCACACCUAACACAUGCCUUCGCAACACGGCCCACGCUUCCGUGCACACACAGGCACAUUGCACACACCCACUCUCACACCCCAGGAAAACCCCCGUACCCGUGGGAUGGGUGAGGUGUCUCCUGUUUCAGAUUAAAAUAGAACAAUUACCCUGUGGACCACUAGGGGGCGGGAGUGCCUCAUCUUGAUUAAUAUGUGUGUCUGUCUCAAAAACCAAUCAAUCAACAAACAAAUAAAUAAAAAGAAGAAUCCCAAA